GACGGUCUAAUACGUAAUUAUUUUUUAAAAAAAUUAUAAAGAAUUUCUGGUGGCGAUCAUCUUCGCUUCGCCGCUUGGGCGGUGGUCGUAGUUUUACUAAUUAACUGUGAUUAACCGCAAAUGAUAAUUCUCGUCUCGUCGUCUUCUGCUACUGUCACCACCUUCUCCACUUUUUAGCUCAUCUUCUCCAGAGAGGCUGAGCUUUAUCACCUCUCUAUAUCUCCGACCAUGGCUGCAGACGACGGCGACCCCACAAAAUUCGCCGCGAUCUACGACCCCUCCUCCCCUCUUCUCUCCAAACCCUCCACGUCCUCCGCUCUCGAUUCCCCGCGUCGAAGUGAUCCCGAAUCCGACCCGACACAGUUUCUCCAGAUCUCUUACAACUUCGGUCCCAGACCUUUCAAAGACAUCACUUUCCUUCUCCUCUUCGACCUCUUCGUCUUCUCCACCUUCGGUCUCGGCGUCUUCUCGAUUUUCCACAGGAACACUGAUUACGGCAACCCCUCUUCCUUCACCUACGACCUCUCCUCCAGCUCUUGCGUCAAAGUAUCCACGAGUGUUUCGAAUGGUUUCUGGGCCUCUGAUCCGGUCUUCGAGAAGGAUUUGAUCUGGACCCUUGUCGUGACGCUGGUUCUAAGCGCACCCUUUUGUUUCCUCCUCCUGCUUCUGCUAAAACACUACACUAAGCAGAUAGUCUACGCUUGUUUACCUCUCUUUGUCUUGUUCCCAGUCUUCUUCAAUCUCUACUGGUUCGUCGCUUGUACUCUCUCCUCUUCUUGCAGCGACGCCCUCCCUCUACCCUACAGAAUCUUCAUCCUCGUCUUCGUUUUCUUGAUCGUCGGGAUCCUCGUCUGGAUCAUAGUAGCGAACUGGCACAGGAUCGAGCUCACUAUCCAGAUCAUCGGCGUCGCCUCGGAUGCCUUGUCCGAAAACUUGAAGCUUUUUGUCGUGUUGCCGUUCCUCAUCCUCGGGUUGGUGGUGUACUAUGCGCCGAUUGUGGUGUUCUUGGUGUUUGCUAGGUUUAACGGCGAGUUUGUGCCCAAGGAGGUGGAUGGUGGUGGUGGUGGAUACUUUUGUGAGUGGAAGGAAGAUUCUUGGGUUCCUGCUUAUUACGCUCUUGCUGUUUUGACUAUGAUCUGGUCUCUUGCUGUUAUGGUGGAAAUGCAAGUUUAUGUUAUCAGUGGAGCUAUUGCUCAGUGGUAUUUCUCCAAGGAUGACUCGUUGCCUAAGAAAUGUAUACGGAGCUCUUUGAGGAACGCAUUUGGUCAAUCCUUUGGUACAAUAUGUCUGUCAGGAAUACUCAUAGGCGUUGUCCGUGUUGUCCGAGCCAUUGUGGACAACGCGAGAGAAGAGAACACGCAAGGCAUGGUCAACUUUGUUCUCCGAUGCUGCGCAAACGCUUUGCUUGGAGCUUUUGACUAUCUCAACAAGUUCACCAUCAACUUUGCUGCGAUAACAGGCGAAUCUUAUUGCACCUCUGCCAAAAUGACUUACGAGCUGUUAAGACGCAACCUGCUCUCAGCUGUUUUUGUGGAAACGGUUUCCACUAGAAUCCUAACCGGGAUUGUCUUUGUCCUCUCAGCCGCUUAUGCGGUCGCGACGUGGGUUGUUCUGAGAGGAGUGAGUAGCUUGGGUGUAGAUUCGUACUUGGUGGCUAUUCUGGCGUGGCUCUUGCUGACUGUGGUCUUGGCUUUCUUUGUACAUGUUCUUGAUAAUGUGAUAGACACGAUCUAUGUAUGUUACGCUAUAGAUCGAGACAAGGGAGAUGUGUGUAAGCAGGAAGUUCACGAGGUGUAUGUUCACUUGCCGAUCAGCAGAAGCUCAAGAUCUGCCCUCAUCCCAAAUGCUCUUAAUCCAUAGAAGAAGAACAUGAUAUCCCAAUAUUGUCUCGGCUUGUUUUUUUUUUUUUUUUUAACAAUUUGUUUUUCACCAUUGUAAAUUCCUGAGUAGAGUGGAUCUGGUGAAUUGUCGUUUGUAUCAUGAGGAUUAUAUUGGGUAAUUUUGAAUAAAAGUCAAGAGUUUUAGGAAUAAA